CAUGUGAUCCAUCAUAAAGUCACGGAUUUGCUUUAAGAAGCGAUGAUUACAUGUCAAGCUGACCUUUUGACCCACACGCAAAAACCAAUGAAACGCUUUCUUUCCGGAGACUUCAUCCUACUUUUUCUCAGGUGGGUCCCCACAGGACUUGAGUGUACAGCUAAUCCACAACAGUAAACAAUUCACGAAAACACAAAGCUUACCCUCAAAAGGAAAAUUAAAUUUGUACUCAAAUCUCGCAUCUCCACCAUCUUUUUCGCCCCCACCAUUUUUCUCCUCUCAUUGAAAGCUUCUCUCUUCUUUGCCUGCUUUUAAUUAUAAUAUUCGAACCAGACCCGUGUUGAGUCUCUGCAACGCCAACCGCUCUCUCCCUAUAUAACACGCCAAGACUCACGAGCAUUAUCAUAUUCUUCAAGAUGGGUCGAAGUUUGAUUCUAUGUUGCAUACUACUAGUCUUGUUUCAUUCUUCUUCUUCUCCAUUUGUUCACUGUCGAACGUUAAAACAGAGCUCCAAGACUACCACGACUCUGAAUGUUGAAGCUUCUAUACAGCAGACUCUAAAUGUUCUUUCGUACAAUCCCAAAGUGACGCCGUUUAACCAAGAAGAACGCACUUCCCUUUCUUCUUCCUCCAUGACAAUGCUGCUACACUCUAGAGCUUCUAUUCAGAAAACUUCACACAGUGAUUACAAAUCACUUACUCUAGCUCGACUCGAGCGAGACUCUGCCCGAGUCAGAUCACUCAACGCUCGGCUAGAUCUGGCCAUCAAGGGCAUUUCCAAGACCGGUCUAGAAUCGAGUGACGCCAGUGCAAACUUUGAAGAUGAGGACAUAAAGAGCCCCAUCGUGUCAGGGAUGAGUCAGGGAAGCGGAGAGUACUUCUCCCGUCUCGGAAUCGGUAAACCACCGAGUCAGGUUUAUAUGGUGCUCGAUAGCGGCAGUGACGUCAACUGGCUACAGUGCGCACCCUGCGCCGAAUGCUACCAGCAAACUGACCCCAUAUUCGAGCCGACGUCCUCUUCUUCGUACUCGCCUCUCUCUUGCGAUACAAGCCAAUGCAAGUCUCUUGAAGAUUCUGAGUGCCGCAACGGUACCUGUCUCUACCAGGUAACCUACGGUGACGGCUCCUACACCCUAGGCGAUUUCGCGACGGAGACCAUCACGCUUGGCUCGGCUUCUGUUGAUAAUGUAGCUAUCGGAUGUGGCCACACCAAUGAAGGCUUGUUUAUUGGAGCCGCUGGCUUGCUUGGACUCGGGGCUGGCUCACUCUCGUUCCCCUCUCAGAUCAACGUCUCGACCUUCUCUUAUUGCCUCGUGGACCGUGACUCAGACUCUGCUUCAACUCUCGAGUUCGGCUCGUCUCUGCCUCCUGACGCCGUUACAGCUCCAUUACUCCGUAAUAGCCAAAUUGACACAUUUUACUACCUAGGAUUAACAGGCAUCAGUGUAGGCGGGGAUAUGCUAUCCAUUCCCGAGUCCACAUUUCGGAUCGAAGAAUCCGGAGAUGGAGGAAUCAUCGUUGAUUCAGGCACCGCCGUGACUCGGCUGCAAACGGAUGCUUAUAACAUGCUCAGAGAUGCGUUCGUUGCGGGCACCAAAGAAUCAUUGCCGUCAGCUAGUGGCCUGUCCUUGUUUGAUACAUGUUAUAAUCUUUCUUCCAUAAGCAGCGUGGAGGUUCCAACGGUGUCGUUUCACUUCCCGGAAGGAAAAGUGUUACCGUUACCGGCGAGGAAUUACCUGGUACCGGUUGACUCGGAAGGGACAUUUUGUUUUGCUUUUGCGCCAACGUCAUCCUCGUUGUCGAUAAUUGGUAACGUCCAACAGCAGGAGACACGUGUCGGUUUUGAUUUGGAUAAAUAUCUCGUUGGGUUUAUUCCCAAUAACUGUUAAAAAAUCUAUAUCAAGUAUCAAUAUUAUUUUUCUUAUGUUUUCAUUUAGGGGCCACUGCUGUUGAUAUAGCCGUUAGAUUGAAGUUGCAA